GUAAAGUUGGGAUAAGAAGAAGAUAAGGGAAAGGGAGUGGGGGAGUAAAUUCGAAAACGGCGAUGGCGAUAACGAUGAGCUGCUCACCCUCCAUUUACUCUUGUUGUCUAACCUCAUCCUUUCCUACCAAAAAAAGGUUAUUAUUGCCUCCAACAAUCACUACCUUCAAUUUCCCAUCUCCUCAUUUCAAUUCACGUGUUUCAUCUUCUUCCAAGAUUAUAGUUCCUAAACUGUCCGAAACACAAGAAGCCCCAUCAAUUUCUGUUGAAUCACCUGCCAUUGAACAACUUACCAUAACUGAUGAUCAACCCAAAGGACAAGAAGUCUUCGCCGUUGUUAUGAUUGGUGGUCGACAAUAUAUAGUUUUUCCUGGACGCUUUUUGUACACACAGAGGCUCAAGGGUGCAAAUGUGGACGAUAAAAUAAUUCUGAACAAGGUGUUAUUGGUUGGCACAAAAACCAGCACAUAUAUCGGGAAGCCUAUAGUGCCUAAUGCAGCUGUACAUGCAGUAGUGGAGGAACAGGGUCUUGAUCCGAAGGUUGUGGUCUACAAGUAUAAAAAGAAGAAAAAUUAUAGAAGGAAUAUUGGUCACAGACAGCCAAAUACCCGCAUAAGGAUAUUGGGCAUCAGUGGAUAUCAAGAUUCCCCAGCAACAACACUCGACUGAUAAUUUAGAACCUGAUGUCUUCUUCGAAUUACAAACAUGCUUUUCCCCGUCUAUUUGGCGAUAUGAUCUACCUUUUGGCAAAUGUAGCACAUGUAAACAAACUCAUGAAAGGCUAAUGAGUUUAAGCUUGUCUUAGAGUUAUAAAAGUUGGUCCAAUGACUCGGGCGGUUCUUUUGUGACUGGUAUUUUACAUCGGGUGUUUGGUUCAAAGAAUUCAUAGGAAUUGAAAUCUAAAUUCCAUUCCUUUCA